GUUCACUAACGGUUCUGGUUUCUACUGUUUAGGCUUUACUAGCUCUUUCUGUCUUUCGCCGACGUGUGGUUAAUCAGCUAGUAUGCCACUUGCCAAGGAUUUGUUACACCCUUCACCUAUUGAAGAAAAAAGGAAGCAUAAGCUGAAACGGUUAGUGCAGCAUCCCAAUUCGUACUUUAUGGAUGUUAAAUGUCCAGGCUGCUACAAAAUAACAACCGUUUUCUCUCAUGCCCAAAGUGUAGUUGUGUGUGCAGGGUGCUCAACCAUCCUUUGUCAACCUACUGGUGGCAGAGCUAGAUUAACGGAAGGUUGUUCUUUCCGAAGAAAGCAACAUUAAUUUUAUACUCCUUUGUAUUUUCAACAAAAAUGUACACUCCUAGGGAAUAAAUUUUUUUUUUU